AUGGAUACGACCGAGUGCCACUCCAACCACAGGCCAACUACCGGAAUCAACCCCGCUGGUGACGAUGACAUUGCCAUUGUGGGAUUCUCGUUCAAGCUGCCCCAGGAUGUAGACGAUGUCGACACUUUCUGGGAUGUACUGCAGAACCGCAAGAACCUCAUGACUCGCUGGCCCGAGUCCCGCAUCAAUGCCGAGUCGUUCGUGUCUGGUACACGAAACAAGUUCAGCUGCCAUGGCGGACAUUUCAUCGGCGAUGACCCCGCGGCAUUUGACGCUCCGUUUUUCUCGAUCUCUACAAAGGAAGCAGCCGGUACGUUUCUUGCUGGCCAGAAUCGCGGAAUAGAAUCCGAUGGGCUGACGGCACCGGCCGCAAAGCACUUGACCCGAUGCAGAGAUGGACACUGGAAACGUCCUACCGUGCCUUCGAGAAUGUCACUGUUAUCAGCGGGCAUCUCUGUCGAUAAGCUCAAGGGCUCGAGAACCGCGGUGUUCUCUGCUUCCUUCACGGACGAUUGGUCACGGAUGAUAUCCCAAGAUCCCGAGAAUGUCGAAAGGACAGCGGCUACAGGAACGGCAUCAUCCCUUAUCUCGAACCGCGUUAGCUGGUACUUCGACCUCAGGGGGCCCAGCGUUCACAUCGAUACGGCUUGUUCAAGCAGUUUGUUUGCACUGGAUAUGGCAUGUCAAUCUUUACGAGCUGGCGAGUCAUCUGCUGCGCUCGUUACUGGCUCCAGUUUGAUUCUCACCCCGACAUUCACCCAAUUUUUGUCGAACCUCGGCUUCUUAUCGCCUGAUAGCAAAUGCUGGGGCUUCGACCAUCGUGCAAACGGCUAUGCCAGAGGCGAAGGUUUUAUUGCCGUGCUACUGAAACCUCUUUCCGCCGCCCUGAGAGACCACGACAUGAUCCGCGCAGUCAUCCGUGCCACAGGGUCGAACCAGGAUGGUCAAACACCGUCACUGACGCAACCUAACCCUAGGGCGCAAGAGGACUUGAUACGGCACGUGUAUGAGAAGGCUAGGCUUUCCUUUGACAAGACGAGAUACGUUGAAGCCCAUGGUACUGGGACGCCUGUGGGCGACCCAAUUGAGAUGAAAGCGAUAGGACGCGUCUUCCGAAGCUCGCGGUCGGCAUUGGAGCCACUUUAUGUGGGUUCGGUGAAGUCCAAUAUAGGACAUCUCGAAGGAAGUAGCGGCCUCGCAGGUGUCAUAAAGGCCAUUGUGUCCCUUGAGAAGGGCAUCAUCCCCCCUCACGCACUCUUUGAAAAGGUCAAUCCCGACAUUGACCUCGAGUUUUACAACACUGCAAAGCCCCAUGAGCUGACAGAACUGGGCGUGAAGAUCCCUACGCAGGCAAUUGCAUGGCCAAGUGACGGACUGCGACGGAUAUCCGUCAACUCUUUUGGCUUUGGCGGCAGCAAUACACACGUCGUCCUUGAUGAUGCGCUCCAUUAUCUCCAAGAGCGUGGCGUCGUUGGCAACCAUUGCACCGUGGUGGCCGCAAGCCUUGUGCCAUCCGUUCCGACGCUUGAGAACGAGGCUGACGGGGAUGAAGAAUCAUCGGGCGCAGCUACGCCUGCCACAGUGAACGGCAUUGCUUCUAAUAGCACCACUUCAAAUGCAUCGAACAAUGGAGAGAAUGGUACGUGGGAAUGUCUAGGCAACGAUGAGCAGCCCAAUGGAUAUAGCGAUGACACAUUGAGCACGCACCUGAAUGGGACCAACGGUCAUGGUACGGGCAAGUCUCGGCUUCUUGUAUGGUCUGCCGCGGACGAGAAAGCCAUCAAGCGAGUGAUUGAAGGUCAACAAGCCUAUUUCAAGCACCAUGUUGUCGGGGAUCCCGUCAAACUUGACCGAUUCGCCUAUACGCUGGCCGCCCGACGAAGUCGCAUGCUGUGGCGAACAUGGGCCAUUGUCACUGACGGGCCCAUCGUCAAAGAGGUCGGCCUCUCGGCGGCCAAGCCGGUGCGCAGUACCGAGAGUGCCGGCCUGGCAUUUGUCUUCACAGGACAGGGAGCACAGUACGCGGACAUGGGUUGGGACCUCAUCCACCAGUAUCCAGUAUUCGCCGCUACCCUUACACGAAUUAGCGAGAUAUAUUGCCGUCUUGGGUCUCAGUGGAGACUUCUUGACCAACUGCGCAACAGCGAAACCAUUGACCGCCCAGAGUACAGCCAGCCAUUGUCGACAGCAGUGCAAUUAGCUCUGAUAGAGCUAUUGAGGUCAUUCAAGAUUGUGCCCAAGGCAGUCAUCGGCCAUUCCUCGGGAGAGAUAGCUGCUGCGUAUGCCAUCGGCGCCUUAUCGUUAGAGUCGGCCUGCAAAGUCUCCUACUUUCGCGGGCUGCUAGCUGGCAAGCUUCGGGCUAGCAGCUCUACAGCUGGAGCCAUGAUCUCAAUCAACCUUGCCGAGAACGAUGUCCCAGCCUAUCUCGACAAGGUCGGUCUUACAGACGUCUGUGUGGCUUGCAUCAACAGCCCGUUGAACUGUACCUUGUCUGGUGCCGACAGCGCGAUCGAUGCAGUCAAGAAACAGGCAGACAAAGAUGAUAUAUUCGCUCGAAAGCUGAAGACCGGCGUGGCAUAUCACUCGCCUGCUAUGCUUGCCAUUGCUGACAGCUACAGGCAGCAAAUGGGGCAGCUGGUAUCUGCUGCGCCGGGCUCCGUCAUUCCCAUGAUAUCCACUGUGACUGGCAAGGGCAUCCCGCCGGCCCUACUGGCGACAGCUCAGUACUGGGUGGACAACAUGGUGUCUCCGGUUCGCUUUGGCGAUGCCGUGCGGGCUGUGUCGCAGCAGCCAUCGACAUGGAAAACCGGAUGGUUUGGAAACAUCACAGAUCUCGUUGAAAUAGGGCCGACAGCUGCCCUACGUCGGCCCAUUGCAGACUCCCUUGCUACAGCCGGCCCUCGGGCGAAGGGGGUCAGAUACUCGUGCGUCUUGCACCGGGACCGCUCCGCAGUUGAGACCACUCUUGAAUUUGUCGGCCAGCUGUUUGGCCACGGACAUUCAGUGUCAAUCCCUGCUGUGAAUCAAGUCGACGAGGGCGGACCUUUCCUCGUUGACUGCCCCGAAUAUCCAUUUGAUCAUUCCAACAGAUACUGGGCAGAGUCGCGGAUCAGCCGCGAUUACAGACUGCGCGAAGCCGUGACUGGCGAGACGCUGGGAGAGCGAGUUUCCGAUUGGAAUCCACUGGAACCAAGAUGGAGGAAGUUCUUGAGCACCGAGUCGGACCCGUGGCUUGCAGACCAUAAUAUCAGCAACACUAUUGUGUACCCAGCAGCCGGCAUGCUUGUCAUGGCCAUGGAAGCCGCUCUUCAAGUGGCCCCUAUCAACAGAACGGUUGUGGGUUACUCCGUCAGGGAAGCAUCAUUCCUGAGUCCCAUAGUAGUAGGUGAGACAUGGGAGAACAGAACGGAGACGAUUGUCGAGCUCCGGCCGGUGCAGAAGUCAUUCGAAAAAUCUUCGACCUGGUCCGAUGUGCGGGUAUACUGCUAUCGCAACAAAGAAUGGUCGCAGUGCUUUUCGGCAAGCAUUCAAGCACAAUACGAGGAGGAUUUUGAGCAGGCUGGUAUGCAACAGGAGAAGAGACUGCUCGAUGAAGACGUGUUGCAUCGGUAUGACCGUGCAGUUGGGGCUUGCACAAGGCCGGUCGACUCACAGGUGUUUUACCGCAAUGCCGCCGAUCACGGAUUGAGAUACGGGGAUUGGUUCCAACUGCUCGAAAGCCUCCACUGGGACGGGAAGAACAAUGCCGUCGCUCGCAUUGACGUAACGAAGACGCAGUUCCACACGACAAGCAUGGUGCACCCGGCCGUGCUGGACAACGUGUUCCACAUGCUGCGAGCGAGCUCCCAGGCUUUCGCCUCGACGUCAGCAACCAAUGUCCCCGUCAAAAUUAUCGACGCUUGGUUCUCGGCAACCGGAUGGCAGAGCCCACAUACCAAAGCACUUGCGUGUUGGGGCAUUGCGAACGCUGAGCGGGACGCUGGCGAGGAUGGCACCAUAUACGUGCUCGCUGACGACGGGACAGUCCUGAUGUCUAUUGAGCAUAUGAUCACAGUAGCUGUUUCGAGACCGGACAAGGGAACCACAACGGGGAGAAAACUCCUGCACAAAGCCCAGUGGAAACCGCAAUUGAGCAUGCUCGACCCGCAGCAGCUAGAACAAGCCUGUUUCAAGGGUGGUGUGGUCAAGGAUGAGAUGACGAUGCUUGCGCACCACAUUGAAUUGACCUCUGUCAUGAACGUCGUCCUCGAUAGGACGAUGAAGUCCAUGACGGCCGCGGAUCAUAAAAAGGUGCCCGCAUCCCUUGAACGGCACAUGGCAUGGAUCACACACCACAUCAACACACUCGAGCCAGCCGCGAGAGACGACCUUGAGGCGCCGAUGAGCGAUGAGCAGCUCGAGCAGCGGCUUCAACAUAUAGAAGCCAUGCACCCGCCCUGGAGGCUGCACACCAACGUCGUGCGUGAGCUGAAGAGCAUUCUUCUGGGGGCUAAAGACCCGCUCGAGGUUGUCUUUGACUCGGACCUGGCCGACGUGUUCUACGCAGACAUGUUUGCCCAGAUCUGCGAUACGCGCAUGCACACCUUCCUCGAGAUUGCCUCGCAUGAAACCCCAGGCCUGCGUAUCCUCGAGGUUGGCGCAGGGACGGGCGGUUUCACGGGCCAUGUACUCACGUCCUUGUUGUCGCUCGAGAGAGAGCACGGAGGUCUGAGGCUCGCGGAAUACACCUACACCGAUAUCUCGCCCAUGUUCUUUGAGCGAGCACGUGAGCGCUGGAAGGCGCUGGAGGGCCGCAUAAGUUUCAAGACCCUGGAUCUGGAACGCACACUCGAGAGUCAAGGCUUCGAGGUGGGUUCGUAUGAUCUGGUUGUUGCUGGAAGCGUGCUGCAUGCCACAGCGGAUCUGGUGGGCACAAUGAAGAACGUGCGGACUGCGCUCAAACCCGGAGGCCGGGCCCUCAUCCUCGAAGUGAUCGCACCGGAGGAUGUGGCGGUGAACUUUUCGUUUGGUCUGGUCCCCGGGUGGUGGCUGGCACGCGAGGAAUGGCGCAAGAUGUCGCCUCUCCUGAAUGAAGACCAGUGGCAUGACUGCUUGCAGACAAGCGGCUACUCCGGCAAUGACCUAGUCCUCAAGGACUUUGAGGAGCCACGGUGUCACAUUUGCAGCAUCAUCGUUUCGACUGCGGUGGAAAAGGAGGAGGUACAGGCUGAUCUCCACUACAAAGUCCUGGUCGUUGUCGACGAAGCAUCGACCAGGCAAACCGAGAUGGCAAACAGUGUUUCCGACUACAUGAGAGCUCGGGCAGGAGCAGACUCUUGUAGUAUGCUGUCCCUGCAGCAGUUCCAGGCGUGCAAAAAGGGUCCGGACGAUGUCGUUUUGUGCCUGGCCAGUCUAGAUUCUCCAUUCCUCUAUGCCAUGACCGAAGGCAGACUGAAAUGGAUGCAGCACCUGAUGCAGAACGCCAAAAGGCUACUCUGGGUAAAUGAAUCGAGCCUUGAUGACCCACAGUCAUCGUUCUAUGGUCUAGCACAGGGGUUCUUUCGCUCUUUGAGACUCGAAGCGGCCGACAGCCAUAUCGUUACUUUGGCCAUCGAGACGGAAGUGGCAACCUCGGCGGCCUCCGCACAGCACGUUGUCAGGGUACUCGCAGCUUCGUUCCUUGACCGAUCAUCUGAAGAGCUAGAGUACGUGGUACGCCACGGACUCCUCGAGACCUGUAGAGCUACGGAGGAUGUCAGCGGCAACGAGGCAUUGAAUGCUCUUCUCACCCCUCAGUUCCGCGAAGGAGCUUGGUCCGAGGGCCCAGCACUGUCCCUCUCGAUAAAGACGGCUGGUACGCUGGAUUCUCUGUGUUUCACAGAGGACAUUGAACACGGCCUGGAGAUAGCGGCCGGCGAGGUCGAAAUCGAAGCCAGGGCCUGGGGUUUGAACUUCCGUGACGUCCUGCAGGCUCUAGGGCGCCUAGAGGAGAGAACGUUUGGGGUUGACUGCGCAGGCAUCGUCACCAGAGUUGGUAACGAUUGCACCGUAGACUUCCAGGUGGGCGACCGGGUCUGUAUGGUUGCACCUGGCUGCAUGCGCCGAUACCCACGCUCGCUUGCGACAUCGGUCAUCAAGAUUCCCGGAGACGACGUCUCGUUCGCGGCGGCGGCGGCGGUCCUCGUCCCUGGGAUGACUGCGUAUCAUGCACUUGUGGACAUCGCACGACUGAAAAGGGGAGAGACCGUCCUGAUCCACUCGGCAGCGGGAAGCACCGGCCAAAUGGCCAUUGCAAUUGCCAAGAUGCAAGGAGCGGUCGUCUACGCGACCGUUGGCAGCGAGGAAAAGAGGCGCUUCCUAGUCGACGUCUUGGGCAUCCCCGAGCAACACAUCUUCCACAGUCGCAACACGUCAUUCGCGCAGGGGAUCAUGCGGGUGACGAAUGGACGCGGCGUUGACGUUGUACUCAACUCGCUCUCGGGGGAUGCUCUCCAGGCCUCGUGGGCUUGCAUUGCUCGACGCGGGCGGUUUGUCGAGAUAGGCAAGGCCGAUAUCCUGGCAGACUCGGGGCUUUCCAUGCGCCAUUUUGAGAGAAACGUGAGCUUCUCUGCUGUAGACUUGCGCGAGAUCAUGAUUGAGGACCCCCAGGUCACGGCCGAGCUGCUGCAAAAGGUUAUGCAGUUGACGCGCGACACAGGGGCCACGCCUGCGCCUGUGCACUGCUUCCCUGCGAGUCAGCUCGAGCAGGCCUUCCGAACGCUCCAGAACGGAAAGAAUAUUGGUCGCAUUGUCAUCGAGCCGGGCGCUCAGGAUAUUGUCCCCAAAUACCUGCUGGAUCGUCGCCCCUGGGAAUUUGACGGCAACGCAUCGUAUCUCAUUGCAGGGGGGUCCGGCGGCAUAGGUCGGGCCAUCAUGAAGUGGAUGGCAGCGCGUGGCGCAAGGAAUCUCAUUGUGCCAUCCAGGACUGGAGCAUCGUCCAAGGAAGCAGUCGAGGUUAUCGCCGCGCUGGAAUUGCAAGGUGUCUGCGUCGUCGCGCCACGGUGCGAUGUGGCGUCGGAGGCGGCGUUGUCGGGCGUACUUGACGUCUGUGCCCGCACGAUGCCACCCAUCAGGGGGUGCAUUGAUGCGGCGUUGGUCUUGCAGGAUGCCCUCUUUGAGAACAUGACGCUUGCUCAGUGGGAACUAGCCAUCAGAGCCAAGGUGGACACGGCAUGGAACCUGCAUCGUCUCUUGCCCAAUAAUCUCGACUUUUUCAUCUUGUUGUCGUCUCUGGCCGGGCAGGUCGGCCAGGCGGCGACCUCCCAGUACUCAGCGGGCUGUACGUUCCAGGAUGCCCUAGCGAGACACCGCGUCGAGCUCGGCCAGAGGGCUUUGUCCCUUGAUAUUGGUUGGAUGCGGGAUAUCGGGAUUGUCGCCGAGACGGCGGCCUUCCAACGUCAGCGGCUGGCAAGCGAAGACAUGCAGCAGGUUGACGGCCACGAGCUGAUGGCCCUCCUGACUCUGUGCUGCGAUCCUGAAAGGCCAAGUGAGAGUCCAGAGCAGAGCCAGAUGCUGGUCGGACUGCGGACACCGGCCGACUUUCUCGCCAAGGGGCAGAAGCCGCCGGCGCUGCUAGAGCGUCCUCUUUUCGCAGCGUUCUCCCGGAUCGCGGGCGGCAAUGCCAUCGCCAGUGCAGGGCAGGCAGCGGACCCGGCUGUAUUAUUCCGCGCGGCCAAUGGCCCGGAAGAGAAGGCUCAGGUCGUGAUCAACUCCCUUGUUGCUAAGCUGGCCCGUGCCAUGUCCAUCUCGCCCGAGGACGUCGAGCUCUCCAAGCCACUGUCGAGCUACGGGGUUGAUUCCCUGAUGGCGGUGGAACUCCGUAACUGGAUUCGGCGCGACUUUGCAGCGCCAUUGGCUGUGUUCGAUAUCAUGGGUGGAGUGCCCAUCUCGACGGUGGGAGAGUUGGUGGUUUCGAGAAGCGCUACCCUCCUUGAUGUAGACUGA